AUUACUUUUUAUUCGUCUCGUUUAAUACUAACAAUGUAUUGUAAGCGCAGAAAAAAAAAAUAUCAAAGCAAUCACCGGAAAUAGUUUAAAAUUUUUUACAACAAGAAGGAAACCUUUUGUUGAGUUGCGAUUUUUUGGAUGACUUCGGGUUGCGCAGCUAAAACUUAUUCAAUAGCUUAGUAGAUUGUCGGAAAUCCUUGCUCACAUAAGGGAUCUUAAGUUUUAUAACGUCACUCACUUCGACAGGCGAUUGGAAAGUAAAUUCAUUGGAUAUCCGACAGGAAUGUUUAAUUACUUUGAUUGAAUUGAAACAAGUUAAACGUUGUUGGCUAGCAAAAGUUGUUCGAAACUUUUUGCAAAAGUUCAUGGUGCAGGAUUCUAGACCGACGUGACAGGCAAGUAUGAAUCGCAAUACAUGUUACCAGAACCGAAAACUGGUUCUCCUAUUCGGGCAAUAGGUUGAGUUCUGAUUUGCCAAAUAUAUUUUAGUUCAACGGCAGUGAAAAGUUUGCCUACUAUCCGCUUUCCUUAGUUAGCUGUAAUUAAAACGAUUUAAUUUUUACCCUCUUAAAUUCCUUGUGUCGUUGCUGAAAACGUCAGUUGUGUUUCGUUUUGGAAGUCUACAGAAAAUAUUGAACAAAUUCUUUAUCAUGCGAUUGCAGUCGACUUGUGUUGUGCUUUUGAUGGUUUCGGGGCUCUUGGAUCAAGUUCACUCCCAGUCUAUACACAGCUCGGGAAACUGCACCUUUCUGUAUAAUACGCCUAUGCAGUUCGUGUGCCGGGACAUCGUGCCAAGGGAUAUGUACCUCAUGUUCCAUGACAAUCGAGCACCUGCCGGCACGAAUUUCAGCGUGUGGGAGGGCCAUGAUUCCGAAAGCGGCGAGACGAUCGUAAUGGUCUCGUUCUACACCAAUCAAUUUUCGCCGUACAGGAAAAUCUGGCUGCAAGGAAGCGAUCAAUGGGCAGGCUUCUACUUCCUAAUUAACAAGAAAAACACCACCGACGCAAUUUGGCUCACACGUUCGACGAUUCACUGCUUUCCCUUCAGUAUGCGGUAUCCAAUGGAGCUCAAACGGUUCUGCCUCGGCCGAGCCUUCAGUACCGACGGAGAAGACGUUGCCAAGAAGCCCGUCUUGCACUAUGGGGAUAUCAGGUAUAAACAAACGGAACCAAUGAGCAAUGGCGCCGUCGCAUUCAGUCUGCCUGCCGCUUAUGCAAUGAUAUUUUUUAGUUUUGUACAAGAAAUCCUGUUUCAAUUUUGGAACUAAUUACAAAUUAAAAGUAAGGCACAGUGCUUUCUGCACUUUAAGCCAUGACUUAUAA